CUCUGUGUCCUCUCUGGGAACAUCAGUCCUGUCAUUCUGAGAAAGAGACUCUGGAUCCUUGGUCAGCACCAGACAUUAGCUAUUGACCAAAGCCACCAGCUGCCCUAAUAGGGCAGAGAUGAGACACCGCUCCCAAAAGAAAGGAGGGCCUCUGGCCUUGGGGAGGAGAGUGGGGGUGGGAAGGGCAGAGACUGGGCAGGGAGACGGUCCAGGGCUGAUUCCAGGAAGGAGGGCCACCUUCCAGAACAAGCCCAGAGAAGGGGACACUUUUAAGAGUUGCCUGAGAGAGGAGAGCAAAGAAGAAACAGUCCAGGCCACAUACCUGCAGGUGUGUUCUAUGGCUCUGAAUGUGGUCUAUUUUGGUGGAUGUUCCACAUGAGCUUGAGAAGAACGUGUAUCCUGCUAUUUUUGGGUGGAGGGAUAGAAUCUUAAAGAGAAGAGAACCACAGAAGAGAGAGCCCCCCAGAACUUCCCGUUGAUUGUCCUCAAAUCCUUAGCUGACCUCUCAACAGUGCCCACACAGGCUUGGAGGGCAACAAGGAUCCGCGCUGCUCCCAGGAAGGAGCCAAGGGGAGACCCUCAGCUUUGAAGUGAGAGACGGAUAUCAAAGCUGAGACACUUCCUGGAGGACAUGGCACAGGCGGGACAGGUCCCCUCUCCUGGGGCUGGCCUGGACCAGCCCUGCGUGUUCAAGCUGGUCCUCCUGGGAAGUGGCUCUGUGGGCAAGUCCAGCUUGGCUCUCCGGUACGUGAAGAAUGACUUCAAGAGCAUCCUGCCCACCGUGGGAUGUGCAUUCUUCACGAAGGUGGUGGACUUGGGCGCCAAGUCUCUGAAGUUUGAGAUCUGGGACACAGCUGGCCAGGAGAAGUACCACAGCAUCUGCCACCUGUACUUUCGGGGCGCCAACGCUGCGCUUCUGGUGUAUGACAUCACCAGGAAGGAUUCCUUCUGCAAGGCUCAGCAGUGGCUGAAGGACCUAGAGAGGGAGUCUCCCCCAGGGGAGGUGGUGGUGAUGCUGGUUGGGAACAAGACGGACCUCGGCGAGCAGCGGGAGGUGACGCUCCAGGAAGGGAAAGAGUUUGCGGAGAGCAAGAGUCUGCUGUUCAUGGAGGCCUCAGCCAAACUAAACCACCAGGUGACCGAGGUCUUCAACGCUGUAGCCUGGGAGCUCCUGCAGAGAGAAGAGAAGAAGGAGGGACGGCAGCGGCGUGGAGAUGCAGGGCUGGCUCUCGACGGGGCGUCUGCCGGGCAGGCCAGGUGCUGCCCCCACUAGCAGCAGCCACGUUAGGGUGAGGGGCCUGGGGAAGAUGCCCCCCUCCCCAGGCCAGGAGGCUCAGCAGGGGGAGCCGCUGCCUCCACCAAGGAUCUGAGUCGCCAUCAAAUAGGCUUGUUCCCUGAGUCCCAGAGGUUCUGGAAGCUGGCAUCCGCCAGUGUUCCCACUUCCCAGAGCUGGUGGGAAUCGUUCAGGAGAAGAUCCGGGGCUAGGGGGCUUCUAGGGCCGAUACAGAGAACGUUCACCUUUUAGCAUUUGUGGGCCCUGCUCCUGGGCUCCCAGGGAAGCUGUGCUUUAAUACUUUCGAAGGUCAAAGUGACUCAGCAAAACCUUUCCAAAGCUUGGGCUGCAUUUCUGCCCCCAGCACACACUGUGCAUUGGCCUCACAGGAAAAAAAAAAAACCCAUAAGGAACAUUCCAAACAUAAAGGUAAGGGAAAGGAAACACCUCCCUGGUUCCUGGAAGAUUAAAGUCCUAUAACCUGGCACACACUAAAACCAAGAUAAAAAUCUG